UUCUGUUUGUCAGACUCGCAAUCCGAGGGAGAGGAGCGAGCCGCCAUUUUCCGAGCUUGUCGCUUCCCCCUCGAACGACAACAAUACUAAACGGACAAAAGCGAGCUUUUCUCUGGCCAAAUCGACCACGAAGACCUUUCGGAGAAGGAGAGAAGCGAUCGCGGCCAAAGAACGAGCGGAAAAGGGAUACAUUUCACUGUUUUUUCGUGGUUUUUGUCGGGGGCGAUUAAAAAACAGCCGACUGGGCUCCUAUAGCUCCACUGCCCCCGUUUCUUUCGCCCAUUUCGUGAUUCCUAAACGCAGCCCGGAGGAGUGGGAGGAGGAAGAGGAGGGGGUUACCGAACACCGGAGCGCGCGAGAGGCCGGGGAUUUUUCCACCUGGACGUGCAACAGCGGAAUCUGCAUCUGGAUAAUUGCUUCUGCCUGUCACCUUAUUACUACUAUUUUUCUCAAGCGCGGGGAUUCAUUACAUUAAUUUCCCCCGGAAUCGGCUCCCCAUCACGUGGCUGCCCCCUGGCACAGUGGUAGGAGGGUGGUGUGGAGCUGGCCUCAGCACCGGGAGAGGCCCCCUCGCCCGCCCCCUCCCAGCGCUGCAUGGCUGCAAUGGCGCCCGCUCUGACCGACGCACCGGCCGAAGCUCACCGCAUACGCUUCAAACUGGCUCCGCCCUCCUCCACCCUCUCCCCAAGCGGCGUGGAGGGAAGCGGUACCACCAACCACAUUCUUGUUUCCAGUAACGGCACCGUCAAGCGCAAAGCUUCAGAGGAGCGCCCCUCCCGUGGGGCUGGCCCCUGCAAGCCCCUUGUUACCUCAUAUCACUGUUCAGAUGACAAAUUGCAAGGUGUUUUACUGCAGACGCACAGCAUCCUGCCAAGCCUCAUACCACGCAAACACCAGGCUUUAGAGCUGUCCGAGGAGCAGCUUAAGAGCAUCAUGAGUGCCGGUGGAGGCGGACCCACUGUCCAAAACCCCACUGUCAAUGGCGUGGCAAAGAAAGUGACUAAACCCUCUGACCGAGACAAUGCAGUGACCUUAAAUGGUGGCCAACAUAACGUCAAGCAGGAUUUGUCAAAUCAGGCUCAAGUUGUCAACUUCACCAGGGGAAUGAAAAGGAACGGGCCACAUCGAGAUGGUGUGGAGCAGGAACAGCCAUCAACGGGUGAGUCCCAGAACUGUCCCAGCAACAGAGAACCUCCUGCAACUUCUCCAGCCUCUGUUUUAUCUUUCACAGAAGACAAAGUCUCAGACUGUCAGCCACUGGUUAGUGAAGAUACGUUGCUGCUCUUGCAUGAUAUGCAGCAAGUCCCUUUAGAUGGCUUCGGAACGGAACUAAGCGACCGUACCCAGCACAGCCAGAGCAGACAGGGAGAGAUCGAGGCACGAUUACGGAGACUACGCAAACGGCUUCAGGUAGUGCAGGCCAAGCAGGUGGAGCGACACGUGCAGCAACAGUUGGGUGGACUACUUGAGAGCACACUGGGUGCUCUGGAUGCCAGACGGCCGAGGAAUCGAUAUGGUGAUAAUGGCCUCACUCCUCAGGAGAGGGACGAACUGGGACGAUUCCUGAAGGGUGGAUCCAUGCCAGCUGAAUUGGAACGACUGUCCCUAAGUUGCACCACCAACCUGCGAUCCGCCGAAUGUGCAUUUGAUUCUGACGCCACAGAAAGCAGCUCAGGAGGAGACACUGAUGUGGAUGAAGAUGAGUUGGCCCGGGUUGACAUUGAGCAACGCCACAUUCCUCUAUGUCGGAGAGCAGAAAGCCGUUAUGCUGGGGACAGAGCUGCCAUCAUCAGUCACUGGAACUGGCUGCAGGCCCAAGUCUCAGACUUGGAGUACCGAAUACGCCAACAGACUGACAUUUACAGACAGAUCCGCUCCAGCAAGGGCUCUGCUGUUCUUGGGGAGAGCUCAGUAUGUGAGUCAGUACCAGAGGACAGCAGUGACUCAAGGACAAACACCAAUACCUGCCCUGUCCCACGGGAGCGUGAUGCUGUUGGCGUGGAAGCGUCAGUAUCUUCUAAUGGUAUCAUCACAGAAACAGGCUUGAGGAAAAGCUGUGGACCCAUUAGGCAAGUCAAUGGUGUUAUCAACAGCUUCCGGUCAGAUUCCCCUGUCACCUCAGACGUAGAUGAACAGAGCCGUUUAGGGUCUGUUGCCUUCCCUGUGAAUGACAACACGUGCGUGGCAGCCCGCACACGUCCUCUGCUCUCAUGCAGGAAACGCAGAGUUCUGCGGCCUGGCUCACUUACCAGUUUCAAUCGGAAGGCUCAGAGGUCAGUGGCUCCUCGCUGUGGCUGUGAGCUGAACUCUCAGUGUGUGAUGUGCAGCGGACGAGCUCAUCCUGCUGCAGACACCCAGCAUCAGCUCCCUCUGCUGGACAGACUGGCCCAGUUCGACCCCUCCGUUCACCCCAUCCUCUCCUUUACAGACGAUGUGAUGAUGAAUUUACAUAUGCAACGUGUGCUGAAGGGACACUGGCAGAAUCGUCCUCUAGAGAAGAUUAAGCCCAUCAAGAAGAUCUCGCUCAAGCACAAGUUGUGUUUGGGUAGCCGUAUAUCAGAUCCUUCAUCCAAAGACAAACACAGACUCAUCAACUCUCACCUUUCCACAGUCCGUUUGCCACAUCAUAAGGUGCGUUCAGAGAAGGUGUCGCGUCAGCCAUUAGAAAUCCCAAUGAGCGCCAGUAAACUUGACUCACGCCAGCAUUUCCGCCAGAGCAGUUCAUUUGACAGAAGCCUCAGCCGCAAGAGACCCCGUGAACCUUCGCUGGACCGCUCAGAGAAUGCUCCCAAGUUGUACAUGGACCUCGGAAGUCCAUGUCCAUCCCUGUCCACUCUCACCACACCCACCCACAGUCCUCUGAUGAGACAGCCAUCAGCCUCCGAAACCUCCACACCCCUGCACCUCAACAGCAACGCCGCCGCUACUAUUCGAAGAAGAAGAGGAGAGAGUCCCUUUGACAUCAAUAACAUCGUCAUCCCCAUGUCUGUGGCCGCCACGACUCGAGUGGAGAAACUACAGUACAAAGAGAUUCUCACCCCAAGCUGGCGAGAAGUGGACAUUUUUGCCAAGCCCAUAGCUGAAGAGGAUGAUGCGGUGGAGGUCGAGGAUCUCUCUGAUGGCACAUUCUCCCAGCUUCACCUUCCAUUACAGGAGCAGGAACGCUCUCGAUGGAGUUGGACUGCCAGCAACAUCGCAAAGAGGAGAGGCAGCAGGUCAUACAAGUCUGUGGACGGACGGACAACCCCCUUACUGUGCGGCACCAACCCCUCCACACCGCAGCCCUCAUCUCCAGACACGCCGCAUUUCCACCUGCUGCAUGAGUACAGCUCGGUGGCGUCUCCCACCAGCCCAGCCAGCCCAGAAAUGCUGAUGCUGACCGGCCUGCACACACCGGCCUCCAGGGACUCGCACCGGCUGCUGUCCAAUGAGGACACACGCUGUUCCACACCAGAUACCUUUGAGGAGAUGACUCCUCAGCCGGUACAGCCAUGGGAACGUCGGACUUUUCCACUAGAUGUGGAGCCGCAACAGGAAGUUGAAAUCCAUCUCAGUCCAACUGGCGAGAGGCAAUGCAGGACCAUUCGACGGGUGUCCGGCUGCAGGUCGUCCAAGUCGGAGUCCGACACUGGGCCUUCGUCACCCCUCUGCGAUGACGGCGCAAAGCAGAAACCAACCAACCCACCCAAACCUACUCACCGAUGAAGCCUAGACUCUGCCCACCCGCCAAUCCCCCCCCCCCCCCCCCAAUCAUCCACCAGCUUUCAGAAACUCCUAAAACAGCAGCAACGUAGACGGAAAAAAACAACAACCAAACGAAUGAAAGUCCCUGUUGUUUGAUAUUCAAACAUCAGUAAAUUCUUUCACAGUUUUUAGUGAAUUGUAUGGAGAUAUAUAUAAAGAGACGCGUUUUAAUUUCGGGUCACUGGGGAAUAAAAUUGUUUAGGACAAUAAAAAAUUAAUUCAAUAUUAAAAAGAAGGAAAGAUUAGCUUGAGGGCUAAACUAAGAUAAGAAGCUCCUACACCUAUCGUCUAUUUCAGAAGAGCACUUCCCCCUUAGCUUGCUUAUUGAUCUGAGGGGCUCCGCUUGCGUUGGGUUUUCCAGUGUCCCAUCAGAAAUUAACCAUUCAGCCUCACGGUUUAUACUGGAGUGAUAAAACACCAAAAUAAAGCCAAUAAUGAUGAUUACAAGAGACUUGCACAAUGGCGCCAAUGCCUCUCUUUGUUCUCUCUGUGUGAAAGCACUUCUUUCUCUCUCCACAUUCCCUUCAUAUUACAGCAAAUGUUUCUCAUGUCUGGAAUUUUGGAUAAAUCACAGCUUCUGCUUUCAUUUCUGUUUUGUGUUCUCUUGUAUACCAUGGCCCCGUUUCUGUCAGAGCGACAGAGAGAGCAGGUGCCUUCAUCACAACUGUGUUGCUUUCUAAAUAACGUCUGAUUAGAGCACUUUAUCGGUCUCUCUUGCACGACACUAUUGUCGGUGACUCCACAAUCAGCACCCAAAUAAACAUGCGCAGGCCGCUAAUAUUAAAGACUCGAUUGCACUGUUGCUUAGCAUUGUGGCCCUUUCUCCUGUGAGCUUGCAUUAAUGUGAGUUUUGAAGCACUUGGCAUUGCUAUGCAUGAUCAGGUUAGUCCAGAGGAUAUGCAAUCACUCCAGUAUAAACUGAAAAGUGCUGCCAUUUGUUUGUUUUGUGUUUGUGUGUGUGUCUGUGUGUGUGUGUGUGUGUCUGCUGGCCUCAUUUAUAAGAGCUCCUCCAUUGAUUAGUCUGGUUUAAACUAUGUCUUUGUUUAAUAAAACACAAUCUGCAAUACCCUACAGCGGGGGUGUCCAAACUCGGUCCCGGAGGGCCGGUGUCCUGCUGAGUUUAGCUCCAACUUGCUUCAACACACCUGCCAAGAAGUUUCUAGUAUAUCUAGUAAAAGCUUGAUUAGCUGCUUCAAGUGUGUUUGAUUAGGGUUGGAGCUAAACUCUCCAGGACACCUGCCCCCCAGGACCAAGUUUGGACAGUCCUGCCCUACAGCAAUGAACUCACACUCAAUUCCUGGAGGGCCGCAGUCCUGCAUAGUUUAGCUCCAACCACCUCCAACUCACACCUGAUUUAUAGUCUAUAGUAGUCUUGAACACCUUGAUUAGUCGGAUCAGCUUUGUUUGAUCAGGGUUGGAACAAAACUGUGCAGAGCCGCGGCCCUCCAGGAAUCGAGUUUGAGGCUUAUGCCGUACAGCCAUUAUCCAAUCCCGUAACGUGAUGUUUGAGUAAGAAAGUGCUUGACACAAAAGGACUUGGCAAGUUUUCAUUCGUUGGCUCCCUCAGUUGCUGUCGGUCACAACCCUAUUGUUUUUUUUUUUUUCUUUUUCUUCCAUUACUAGCAAUGAUUUCGGUUUAUUCCCAGGUCAGUUGAGUCACUGCUUGCAACUCCUUCCUGUUAUUUUAACUAAUGCGAAUGUACAAGUCUAAUAGCAGACACCAGUUACUUAUGAGUUUUAUAAGUAGCUUCUUUGUAUCCGUCGUCAAACGAUUCUAGCUAUUGUAGCCAUUUGUUCUCGUUUAAGGGAUGUCAUGUAAACCAGAAAUCCUUAAUAUAUUCCUUUAGAACUCACUGGAGUGUAACUUCAUCCAUAGCGUCAGAAAACUCGUAUUUUUUUUCUCUUUUGUUUUGAGGUUGUGUGGCAAAUCAUAAGGGGACCAUCCGCGACUGUCCCGUUUCCUGCUGAGAAACCCGUCAUCCCGUUCAUUCUUAAUAUCAUUAAUAAUUAUGGUUCUCUGUGGGGGUCUGUGUACUUAUCAGGCAAAUGUACCAUAAGGUUUGACUAGCUUUCAAAAGCCAAUAUUGUAUCGUGUGAGUUAUUUUCAUACUUUGAAUUUCAUAUGUGGUGAAUGAGGGUUGGGUGAGUCUGGUAUAUCCUUUAGCAUGUAAUAGUUUGUACAAAAAGACAACAACAACAAAAAAAAGUUUAUUUUGUACAUACCUUGUUUGAUUCUUUACUGUGUUUGUUGUUCAGGCUGUAGCUGUCCUGAUUGUCUAGGGAGAAGACACAUGAGAAUAUUUAACACUUUCUUUAUGCAGAGGCAACGAGUAAAAAGAAAAAAAAAAGUUUAUCGAUAAUUGAUCUGACAGACAGGAACGUUUGUGCUUCUCAAAUUAAAAGUGAAUUAUAUUGUA